AUGACUUUGUUUUUGUGGGAGUGUCUGUUCUGCCUUCUGCCCUCUCUGUUGCUCUUAGGGCUGUUGGUUUUUGGGCGUCGGAGUUCUGUCAGUGCUUGGACGGGACGGACACUUGAAGCCGUGGGGUGGACUCUGUGGAGGGGAUUCUGUCUGAUCCUACACUUACCCUUGGACAAAGCCUCUCCUGUAAGUGUCUGCACUAAGACCCAGUUCAUGUGUAAACCUAGUACUCUGGCCCAGUACCUGCUGCGUCACUGCACCGUUUUGUCCAGGACCACACUUGCCUCGUGGCCCAAAGGAGACCCCCACCUCCAGACUGUCCAGGCCCUGCUGUGUGGAGCACAUGCACUAGGGCUACAAUUUACUCGGGACCACUUGUUACUAAAAGAUGGGGGCAUAGUCGCUCUGGACUGGGCCAUAGGGUCAGGAGUCAGUGAUUCUGGUGUUAGGAGGAGUCCCUCGCCAGUCCUGCUGCUGCUCCCAGAACACUGGGGAGGUCUGAGUCCUCACCUAAAGUCCCUAUGCCUUUCUGCCACUGCUCAGGGCUUUUAUGUGGUGGUCUUUCACCAUCGUGGGACAGCAGGCUGCCCACUGACCACCACCAGGCUCUCAGAGUUUGGAGACCCAGCUGACCUAGAGCAGGCGGUGGCAUACAUUCACAGUCGUUACCCAUCCUCUGUGCUGUUGGCAGUCAGUGAGGGCUCUGGCUCUGGGACUCUUCUGUCAUAUUUAGGAGAGAGAGGCUCCAGUUCGCGCCUAACUGCUGCUGCUGCCAUCUCUCCUGUCCUUCUUGGACAGGUGUGGUUUGAGACUGCCUUUCCCCCUCUGUACCACUGGGGGAUGCUGUAUCACCGCAAACAGCAGCUUCGCAGAUAUGCAAGUUCUUUCAGAAGAAUACUGGAUGUGGAUCAUGUCCUCAAAUCUUCAUCCCUUAAAGAGUUUGAGGAGAGACUUUUCUGUAAUCAUCACCAGUAUGAGGAGCCAUGGGGACUGGCCCCCUCUGUGGCCUGGGAGCUGAAGGACCGCGCCCAUCCCACUGAGGACUGGGGCAGUUACUGGGAGAGGAAUGAGCCUCUAAGAGACGCUGAUGAGGUGGCAAUACCUGUGCUUUGUAUCUGCAGCCAGGACGACCCACUGCUGCCCCCUGUCUGCGCUCUCCCUCUCAGCCUUUUCCAGAAUAACCCUUACUUCAUGCUGCUCAUCACUGAGACAGGGGGGCACUGUGGGUUCACCAUCCAAAACAGUAAUAAUCAGCCUGAAGACAUGAACUGGAGCCAUAUUGCUGUUCUGGAUUAUUUCAGAGCUGUGGUGGAUUUCCUGAAAGGAGGAGAGAAAGAUGUAGGGUUUUGGAUUGGCCCCACGGGAGAGCAGAGGAACCGCACCAACACUUUAGCAUCUUUUAGAAAGAGGAAAUUUGCUGGGAUGAAGCGCCCCCAGAAUCAAAACAUUAACCAGAGUCUGAACGAAGCUGGAGAGUUCACAUGGAAGAGAUCAUACACACGCUAAGAAAAAAAAAAAAAGACUACACAAUUAGAAAAUAAAAAUACAACACUGUAAAAGGAAUUUGAGUACACUUAAAGGUGCAUUGUGUUACUUUUCUGGCGGAGGGUCAAAUACAUUUAUCCAUGCAGAUGUUAUCGCUUUGUCUGGAAUGUUUCACAGUAUGGUAUUAAACCUUUCUAUCCUCAUGGUAAGCAAACCAGACCAAGUUACAGUCAGAUCUGUGGGGAGGCAAUCCCGCUCACAGUCAGAAUGCCUGU